AUGCCAUCCCCAAAGACUAAAAGGGAUGUGCGUAGUUUCCUGGGAAAGUUGAACCACAUUUCAAGAUUCAUCUCUAAUCUCAUUGCUAAGGCUAAGCCCAUUUUCAAGUUACUUAAGAAGAAUAAUACGGCCAAGUGGGAUCAAGCUUGUCAAGAAGCUUUUGAAAGGAUUAAGCAGUACUUAUCAAAUCCGCCAAUAUUGGUUCCUUCGAUGAUGGGUAGGCCAUUAAUCCUAUACAUGGCAGUUCAGCAAAGCUUGAUGGGUUACGUUCUAGGACAACAUGAUGAAACUGGGAGGAAAGAAAGAGCCAUUUACUAUUUGAGCAAGAAAUUGAAUGAAUGCAAGUCGAGAUACUCAUUCUUGGAAAAAACCUAUUUCUAUAUGAUAAGAAAGGCAGUAAAAAAGAGUGUGAUAGCUUAUCUCUUGGCUGAAAACCCAAUCAAUGAUUAUGAGGCCCUGGAUUUCAAAUUCCUAGAUGAAUAUAUUAACGCAGUAGGCGAUGAUGCUGAGGGUCCAAAUGAUGUAUGGGAAAUGUAUUUUAAUAGAGAUGUUAGUUUAGCCGACAAUGGGAUUGGAGCAGUGCUGGUUGCCUCAGAUCGGAAACAUUUCCCAAUAGCUGUUAAGUUGAGGUUCAACUGCACUAAUAAUGUAGCAGAGUAUGAAGUAUGCCUGAGUAGCUUACAGGCUGCCAUUGAAAUGAAGAUAAAGAAAUUAGAGGCAUACAGGGAUUCAGUUCUGAUCAUUUACCAAGUCAAAGGGGAAUGGCAAACUAAAGACCUGAAACUGGUCCCAUAUCAAAAAUAUCUCCUUGAACUGAUUAAAAAAUUUGAAGAGAUUUCUUUCACUCACCUGAACCAGGACAAGAACCAAUUUGUUGAUUCCUUAGCUACUUUAGCUAUGAUGACUCAGAUGGAGGAAGGAGAGAUUAUCACCGAUAAUACCAAGAAUCUAAAUGGUCAGAAGAUUCAAAAGUUAUGUGAUCAGUACAAGAUACGACAUCUCAAUUCAUCACCAUAUCGAUCCCAGAUGAAUAAAGUCAGAGAAGCCGCCAAUAAAAAUCUCAAGCGGAUAAUUAGAAAAUGA